UUCCGCGCGGGCGCGGCGGACGACGGCGGGGGCUACACGGUGGAGGUGAGCAUCAACGACUACCUGGACAUCUACUGCCCGCACUACGGGGCGCCGCUGCCGCCGGCCGAGCACAUGGAGCACUACGUGCUCUACAUGGUGAACGGCGAGGGCCACGCCUCCUGCGACCACCGGCAGCGCGGCUUCAAGCGCUGGGAGUGCAACCGGCCCGCGGCGCCCGGGGGACCCCUCAAGUUCUCCGAGAAGUUCCAGCUCUUCACGCCCUUCUCGCUCGGCUUCGAGUUCCGCCCCGGCCACGAGUAUUACUACAUCUCUGCCACGCCGCCCAAUGCUGUGGAUCGGCCCUGCCUGCGGCUGAAGGUUUACGUACGGCCGACCAACGAGACCCUGUACGAGGCCCCGGAGCCCAUCUUCACCAGCAACAACUCGUGCAGCGGCCUGGGCAGCUGCCGGCUCUUCCUCAGCACCGUGCCCGUGCUCUGGACCCUCCUGGGCUCCUAGUC